AUGCAGCUCACCACCCUCUUCACCCUCCUCGCCGGCACCGUGGCUUCGGUGUCUGCCGCAGCCCUGGUGCCCAAGGACACGUCCCCCGAGUUCAACCUCUUUGUGCAUCAACCGGAUGCAGAGAUCCACGGCAGGCCCCUCAUCGCAAGCAAGAGCAGGUUGUGGAUAUCGCCGUCCUGGACUAAGCAGGACGCAAGGUGUAGAUGGGGGCAGGGGCAACCGGCCGAGGGCAACGCGGCUGUGUUGUUUCGUGAAGACGACAAGCUGUUCCUUUACGGUGUCGAGGAGGACUCCCAGCAACAGCUCGCUCUGAAUCCCAAGGAAAACGGCCAGGAUAACCUCCUGUACUUCAACACUGAUGGUGGUGUUCCGAAUCAAAAUUUGUGGACCGAGGGCUGGACGGAGGACGAUGGAUACCUGUCAUUUCUCUCCGCUCUCUUCCAGGCCUGCCCGGUAGACAAUGAGUGGAAUACAUUCAGGGUGGACAUAUAUGCCAACGCCACCGCGAUCGAUGAAGGCUGUUUGACCUUUCAAGCCAAGAUCAAAAUCGACGAGGAUCCGCUACCCUGCACGUACAGCCUGGAAUGA